AUGUCAGCAAGGAAUCAAGCCGUCGAGGCUCAUACCCAGCGAACCAAGCGGGUUGCUACCCAAGUCAAAUCCUUCUACGACAGAAAAGAACCAUUCCGAAUCUUCCAUGGCAGCACCAGCAGCACAAGAAGCCAAGAGCAAGAUCGCAACAAGAUGAUCUCCACCAGCGACUUCACCGAGAUCCUGAACAUCGACCCUGAGAAACGAGUUGCAGUUGUCGAACCUAACGUUUCCAUGGAGAAAUUGGUCGAUGCUACUUUAUCGUAUGGACUUGUUGCUCCCGUCAUCAUGGAGUUCAAGAAUAUCACUGUUGGUGGAGGGUUCAGCGGUACUUCUGGAGAAAGUUCUUCUUUCAGACAUGGUGUUUUUGACAAUAUUGUCAAUAGUAUUGAGAUUGUGCUGGGAAAUGGGGAGAUUGUACGUGCUUCUCGAUCUGAAAACUCUGAUCUGUUCCAUGGCGCAGCAGGCUCAUUCGGAACGCUGGGUGUUGUCACAGAGAUUGAGGUUCAGCUGAUGGAAGCAGGCAACUUCAUGGAGUUGGAGUACCAUGCCAUUUCAAGUGCUGCAGAAGCUGUACGAGCCAUUGAGACCUACACGGCUGACAACAAGAUCCAAUAUCUCGAUGGCAUCAUGUUUUCUAAACACAGUGGCUUAAUCAUCGCAGGCCGCAUGGUCAAAACCCCAACAACAGGCUGCAAGAUCACAAAAUAUCUCUCAAGAGCCGAUCCCUGGUUCUACGUCCGCGCCCAAGAGAUCCUCAACAACGAAAUACCCACCUCUAAAGGCCACUCGUAUACUGAAGUUGUCCCCAUCAAAGACUACCUCUUCCGCUUCGACAGAGGCGCCUUCUGGGGAGGUUACUACGCCUUCAAAUACCACUUUGCACCAUUCAACAAUCUUACUCGGUACCUCCUGGAUGACUUAAUAUCUACCAAAACCAUGUAUACCGCACUCCACAAAUCCGGCCUCGCAAACGAAUUCAUUGUCCAAGAUAUCGGGUUUCCCUAUUCCACAACUCCAGAUUUUAUCGAUUACCUAGACGAAGAGUUUGAGUUAUAUCCACUGUGGUUGUGUCCCUUAAAACUGGAUGCCCCUUAUCCACUCUCUCCAAAGGGAAAGCAUUACUCUCAAGAUAGCUUGAGAGUCAUCAAUGUAGGGGUUUGGGGACCAGGCCCACACAACCGCGAUCAAUUCAUCGCUGCAAACCGCGCCAUAGAAGCAAAAACCAAACAACUGGAUGGUUUGAAAUGUCUAUAUGCACAUGCCUACUACACGUCGCCCGAAUUCUGGGAUCUCUACGACAAAGAAAAGUACGAUACCCUACGACAGAAGUACCAUGCGACAUUGUUACCGUCUGUCUUUGACAAGGUUACGAAUAAUGGUCCUCCUCCUGCGAAUACGCUGUUUGAGAGAUUGAAAAAUACAAGACCGGUGAGGGGCAUUUACGGUGCUUUAUGCGUGUUUUGGAGUGGUGGGUUGCCGUAUGCGAAGGUGCAUCAGGUGUUGAGUAUUGUGUUGUCGCCUUUGUUGCUUGUUAUCUUUACGAUGGCAUGGACUGUGUCGUUUGGUAAGGAUUUGUUGGGAUUGAGAGCGAGGGGGAAAGUGCAUGUCGAGUAG